AUGGAGAAAGACAAACCGCAAUCUAGUGUAAACUCACCCACUUCUUCUACAUCCUCAGUUAAUGAAGAACAGAUAAUCACUGAACUCACUUUGGCUGGAAUAAAAGUACUCAUGGUCCGAAAGAAGGAUCAGAUUGUGUAUAAAUUACCAGACAAUGUUCAAGUAUCUUCUAUAAGUGAAGAACAACGAAAAAGAUUGAUGGAAGAAAUUCAAUCUCUUCAUGCCGCCACUAUGCUUGCAGCAGCACAACAACAACAACAAGUAAAUAUGCCAAUGGAUAAUAAUAAACCAAUUGCACCCAAGACAGAUGCCCUUGUACUCAAUACACCUCCACAACCUACACCAGCAGAAGCAGAUGCUAUCAAGGAGACUGCACGAAAGUUAAGAGAGGAACUAGAACAGCAGCAACAGCUGAUGCUCUUACAGCAAAGGCUCCAACAGCAAGGGAUGAAACGAAGUGGUAUGUAUGAGGCCACCUCUCCACCUGAUAGUAGCAAAGGCCCUCGGAAAUAUAUCAAAACUGGGAAAUAUUCAAAAAAGAAGCAGCUGCAGGGACUUUUGCCUCAAUCUCCUCAACAUCAACAGCAGCCUAAUCUGUUUAAUAUCCAAUCCGUGAGUGCAGAUAACAGUAAUAAUAAUAGUGCUACAACCUCUGCUGCAUCAACACCUGUUGCCUCCACAACUGACGUCUCUACAAGCUCCUUUGGAGUCCCAACACCGCUUCAGACACAACCACAACAACUACCAGUACUUCAACAACCACUACCACAGCAACAACAACAGCCUGUUCAGCUUCAACAGACACAAAAACCCAUUGCCGCGGCAAAACAGCAAGAUAUUAGAAAAUUUCCUCAAACACUUCCUGAUUCUAUACUGUCUAAACGUCUACCGGAAGAAGAGUUUCAACACCGUGAGAUUAAGAGAAGAUUCCUCGACACUCUCUCAAAAGAUCACGUGGCUGUAACUAACCCAGAUUACAAAACGCCAUUCAAAUCUCUGGAGGACGCAAUCAAUCGAUUAUUACCUUACCACAUUUAUCAUUAUCCCAAGACGGAUCUAGACGCAAAUAGGAUAUCGGUUGAACUUCAGGAUAGUGCCAUCCUGGAUAUAUUUAAAUGCCAAUCCGACUUGUUUGAAAAGCAUAAAAAGAUGCAAGAAAAGUUGGAAAAGAGUGACGAAACACUGUCUAUGAAAAUACUGAUUGGCAGACAAGUCAUGUCUGAUCAACGACAGAAAUUAGCUGAAGAGCAAGCAAGAGUCUCUGCAGAACAAGCAGCUCAGGCCGCUUAUCGUAAGGAACAACAACGUCUUCAGACUGAAAAGGCACAAUUGGCAGCACUCGUGGGUCAACAAUUGCCACCAGGAUUUGAUACCAUGGGCAUGUUUUAA